AUGACUACAGAAUCCGGAUCAGACUCUGAAUCUAAGGAUCAGGAUCAAGAGCAGAAAGAAUCUUCUGGUCAACAAGGAACAGUGGGGCCCCAAGAACAGCAGCAGCAACUCAGUGAAGAACACCAGAAUGUAUUAGAGCAAUUCUCUGCUGUAGCAGCCCAUAGCACUCCCGUGAAAAAGGAGCAGGGCACUGUCAAAGAACGCGAAUUUGCUGCGGCAGCUGCAAAACAACUGGAAUACCAGCAGUUUGAAGACGACAAGCUAUCUCAGAAGUCAUCCUCAAGUAAACUCUCUAGGUCUCCUCUAAAGAUAGUCAAAAAACCAAAAAGUAUGCAGUGCAAAGUGAUCCUCUUGGAUGGCUCAGAAUAUGGCUGUGAAGUGGAGAAACGCUCAAAGGGCCAGGUGCUGUUUGACAAAGUCUGUGAGCACUUGAAUCUCUUGGAGAAGGACUACUUUGGGCUAACGUACAGAGACAUGGAAAACCAGAAGAACUGGUUGGAUCCAGCCAAGGAAAUAAAGAAGCAGAUCCGAAGUGGUGCUUGGCAGUUCUCAUUUAAUGUGAAAUUUUACCCUCCUGAUCCUGCCCAGCUUACGGAAGAUAUCACCAGGUACUACCUGUGCUUGCAGUUGAGAGAUGACAUAGUUUCUGGACGACUGCCAUGCUCUUUUGUCACACUAGCGCUGUUGGGCUCCUAUACAGUUCAGUCAGAACUUGGAGAUUAUGAUCCUGAGGAAUACGGGAGUGAAUAUGUCAGUGAUUUUCGCUUUGCUCCAAACCAUACUAAAGAACUGGAAGACAAAGUAAUAGAGCUUCACAAAAGCCACAGGGGAAUGACACCUGCAGAAGCUGAGAUGCAUUUCCUGGAGAAUGCCAAAAAACUGUCCAUGUAUGGAGUAGAUCUACACCAUGCCAAGGAUUCUGAAGGAGUCGAAAUCAUGUUAGGGGUUUGUGCAAGUGGUCUUUUGAUAUACCGUGACAGACUCAGAAUAAACAGGUUUGCCUGGCCCAAGGUUCUCAAAAUUUCAUACAAGAGGAACAACUUCUACAUCAAAAUCCGGCCGGGGGAGUUUGAGCAGUUUGAAAGCACUAUUGGUUUUAAAUUACCGAAUCAUCGUGCUGCAAAGCGUCUGUGGAAAGUUUGUGUCGAACAUCAUACGUUUUUCAGGCUCUUGCUACCUGAAGCCCCUCCCAAAAAAUUCCUCACCCUGGGUUCCAAGUUUCGCUACAGCGGGAGGACGCAGGCCCAAACAAGGAGAGCCAGUGCGUUGAUAGACCGCCCAGCACCUUACUUUGAGCGUUCUUCAAGCAAACGCUAUACUAUGUCUCGCAGCCUAGAUGGGGCAUCAGUGAAUGAAAACCAUGAAAUGUACAUGAAGGAUUCUAUGUCUGCUGCAGAGGUUGGUACUGGCCAGUACGCCACAACAAAGGGCAUCUCUCAAACCAACUUGAUAACCACUGUGACUCCAGAGAAAAAGGCAGAAGAAGAGAAGGACGAGGAACAGAGUAAAAGAAAGAAAGAGGAAGUCACUCCAGUCUCAGCAAUACGACAUGAUACCAAGCCACCUUUGCCUGGCACUGAUGCAUCACACCCAUCUCCAUCCUCACAAUCUAGCCCCCUUGAGCCAUCGACAAAUCUCCGCAGGAGAUGCAAGGAAAAUGGUCGAAAGUCAUUCGAUUGUGAGGCAUCCAAAAGCUCUGUUCAAAAGCUCAGCGAGUCUGACUUGGACUCUGAUAGAAAAGGAAAAGUUUGCUUGGUUGAACAAGAUAUGGCGUUUAGCUAUAAGCAAAAAGCUGGCAAAGGUGGAACAUUGUUUUCCUUCUCCUUGCAACUUCCAGAAUCAUUCCCUUCUCUCCUAGAUGAUGAUGGCUACUUAUCCUUUCCUAAUCUCUCGGAAACCGACUUCCUCCCAGAAAGCAUACAGCAUUUUCUCCCUAUUCGCUCACCUUCCCUCGUGCCUUGUUUCCUUUUCAUAUUUUUCUUUCUGCUGUCUGCCUCUUUCUCAGUGCCAUACGCCCUCACUCUCUCCUUUCCUCUGGCUAUGUGCCUCUGCUACCUGGAGCCCAAGGCGGCCUCCUUGAGUGCUUCACUUGACAAUGACCUGAGUGACAGUUCAGAUGAAGAGACAGACAGUGAAAGGACAGAUACUGCUGCUGAUGGUGAAACUACUGCCACAGAGUCAGAUCAGGAGGAAGACGGUGAUCUCAAGGCACAGAGUAGUCUGAUUAAGCGCAUAAAGGGUGAAAAUGUGUAUGUCAAACAUAGUAAUCUUAUGUUAGAGGAACUGGAUAAAAACCAAGAAGACCUGAUGAAACAUCAGACAAAUAUAAGUGAGCUGAAACGGACAUUCUUGGAAACCUCCACAGAUAUCUCAGGGACCAAUGAAUGGGAAAAGAGGCUUUCUACGUCACCAGUCCGGCUUGCUGCAAGACAAGAGGAAGCUCCUAUGAUAGAACCACUUGUGCCUGAAGAAACCAAAGAAGAAAGAGAAAAAUCUGAAAAACGUAUAUUUUUGCAGACGGAGAACACUACGUACCUUGAUUCUCAGGGCACUGAGGAUUGGGUUAUUGUAGACAAAGUACCCACUGAGGUAGUUGAUGGUGAAUCGAAAACCAUCGUGACAUACAAAGUAAUGACUGUGAGCAGUAAAACUGGUGACAUCCCAGCCAAGCUUUUAAAACCCACAACCACUGAUAUGCAGACCUUUGAGGACUUGGAAGGUGAAUUGCAGUGGACAGAUGAGAAUAAGCAGAAAAUGUACACCUUAGGAAAAUCGUACGAUACUGUCUCUGGGAAAAUUGUAACCAUGACCUCUAAAAUAAAAGAGGGAGAAAAAGGUGUGCCAUCGUCACUCGAAGCGUUACAAAAAAUGGAAAUGGCUGCGCCAGAAUCUGUGAAAAUCAUUCCUGUAGUAGCAGAGUACGAAAUUCUAGAACCAAUCACAGAUGGAGAUUCCAGAAGGUUAUCUGAUGCAAAAAGAAGGGUGUCGGAAUCAUUAACUCCCAUUAAAGAGGCUGAUUCCCGGCUGCAGAGUCCCGAAGAGGAGAGUUUGAAGAAGAUAGAGAAAAUGGAUCAGGAUUUGCGGCUGCGUGGUACGGUGGGGAGCGUGCAGAUGGCCAGAGCUGAAAAACCUCUUGACAGUGAAAGACUAAAAGGAGACCCAUUUGGUCGGAAAGAGAAGAGUAUAUCAGAAUGGAAAUAUUCCAGAGAGCCGCCCUUUACCAUUGCUACUGCUCACUAUGUUACCGAAUCAUCCGCAUCAAGAGUAGUGACAAAACAACUCUCCAGUGAAAAAACUUUGGAUGGUUCAGAUAUCUUCACUUUAAUAGAAUCUGCAAGAAAGCCAACUGAGUUCAUAGGAGGGGUUACAUCUACUUCACCUAGCUGGGCUCAGAAAACACAAGCAAAGGCCGAUCAGGAGGUAUGUCCUGGUGAAAAGAAGACGGAGGAGCAACAGCAAGAGGAGACCAUGGUGAAGGUUGUGCAGGAAACUGUAUUGGUCGAGGAGAAACAUGUGAUAAAUGUGCAUGCAAGUGGGGAUGCUGCUCAUUUGGCUGGCGUUCAGCUGGAUGCUCCAGCGCAGGCAAUGCCUCAUGUGGCUUCUGGCACCCAAGGGAAGGAGGGCUGUGCUGUGACUGAGGGGGCUAAAGUGGAAACGGGGCAGGAGGCUGAGCAAGCGGUAACCAGACAGGAAGAAACGGCCACUGUUUCUCAUGAUCAAGAGGAGGAGCAGAGUGCAGCAGCCCUGGUUCUGGAUGCACUGGAAAGAAAACCUCUUUUUGAGUCACCAAUUGUGAAGACUGAAACAAUUAGUUUUGGAAGUGUUUCUUCAGGUGGGGAGAAAGUGGAAAUUUCUAUGAAGGAAGUGCCCAUCGUUCAUACUGAAACAAAAACUAUUACAUAUGAGUCAUCUGAGGCAGAUCCUUGUGCCGAUUCAGAUCCCGGAGUUCUGAUGAGCGCACAGACCAUCACAUCUGAAACUACCAGUACUACAACUACUACACACAUCACCAAAACAGUGAAAGGAGGCAUAUCAGAGACAAGAAUUGAAAAACGAAUAGUCAUCACAGGAGAUGCAGACAUUGACCACGAUCAGGCGCUGGCUCAGGCAAUUAAAGAGGCCAAAGAGCAGCACCCUGACAUGUCAGUGACCAAAGUAGUGGUACAUAAAGAGACAGAAAUCACACCAGAAGAUGGGGAGGAUUGACCACAGGAAUAACGUAGCUUUCAUAUGAAUUCAGUCAUGUACGCCAUUGGGAAUAACAGAACCAACAUGGAGUCUUGGUUCUCCCCAGCAGGCUUACAUCUCUCCAGAGAAAAUUUCAGUGUGGAAGAACUGAUCUUGAUUGCUACUAAAGACACUGGCAGAAAUAUUGUCCCAUUUACAGCAAUCUGAAUCACCAUUAGUAACCCAAUAUUGCAUGAAGCAGCAAACAAAUUACAAAAAAGGCAGCAUUUUAAUUUUCCAAAACUAAGUUUCCAUCUAUACCUGCACGUUCAUCACCAGUAUAAAACAGCGAUCUCAUGUUACACAUAAAACAGCCAAUGCCUUCACAGAUUAUUGGAAGUAUAAACAGAUCACAUUUUCUUAGGUGGCAAAACUUUUGUUUAGGGUAAAUGAAGAUUACCCUAUAACGCUAAAAGCUGUAUAGGUACUGUGUAUAAUGUUUUAUCACCUUAGAUGUGCCAAUAACACAGUUUAUUCAGUAAACACUUUGAAUCAUAUACUUAUGUCAUCUGGUUUUGUUAUUGUCUAAUAAACAAUGAUCAAUCUCUAACGUUGUUUAAAUGGUUACAAGAUGUGCUUUGUUUACCUGGUUUUAAACCUCUAAUAGGUAUCAAUAAUUUUAGAUUAUUCAAAGUUUAAAGUUAGAAAUCUUCCACCCUUCACAAAUUCUUAUCCUAUAAAUUGUUGUGAUUAUUUUAAAGUGUAUGCGUUCAUUAGCAUUACAGCAUUAUUACUCUGAAAUCUUGAUUUAAAAAAAAAAUAUUUCCCUUUCGUUCUCAGAGAAAAUGUUUCUUUUCAGAGUGUGGUUGCAUUUUCCUAUCUAGGACAGAGUUAAGCCUUAAACUGUACAGAACACCUACUGAAAAAUUCUUUGGUAUUUGGUUUUCACAUCCAUUUAAGGGAUACUAUCUUCAUUACACUGUCAGUCACAUCACAACACAUGGUGAAUGUAUGUUUCUGCAUAGUGAAAUAAAAGUGGUAAAUGCAUCCAAA